AUGUCUUUUAAAGUAAAUUGGAAUUCAUUAGAAACUGAAUCUUUAACAUCAUGGACUAAAGAUAUCUUAACUAGUGCAUUAAAUUCAGGUAAAACACCUCCAAUAUUAGCAUCAAGUAUUUCAAUUAAGGAUUUAAAUUUUGGUAAAAUUGCUCCUGAUUUUGAAAUAUUAGAAAUUGGAGAAUUAGAUCGAGAUCGAUUUAGAGGAAUAUUUAAAGUAAAUUAUAAUGGAGAUUUUCAUUUAACAUUACAUACAAAUGUUCAAGCAAAUCCUUUAAAUAUUUAUUAUUCAAAUUCAAUUGAAACUGAAAUUCAAGAUUCAAAUUUUAUAACUCCAAGAUUUUUAUUAUCAAAUGAACAAUUUGCUUUACCAUUAGAUUUAAAAUUAAGUGAUAUUAAAAUAAGUGGAAUUGGAAUAAUUGUAUUUUCAAAAUCAAAGGGGUUAACUUUAGUUUUUAGAAAUGAUCCUUUAGAUUCAAUUAAAGUUAGUUCAACAUUUGAUACUGUUCAAGUAUUGGCCAAUUUUUUACAAAAACAAAUUGAAAAUCAAAUUAGAGAUUUAUUUAGAGAAACUUUACCAACGUUAAUGCAUCAAUUAUCAUUGAAAUAUCUUAGUCUUGAUAAUAAUAUAAAUGAAUUAAGAUCAAAAUUAACCAGUCUUUCAUCAACAACUACAACAUCAACAACAACAUCAACUUCAUCAUUAAAAUCAUUAGAUGAUGAACAAGAAAUUUCAUUAAUUUAUUCAAGUAAGAAUUUACAAAAAAAUUUACAAUUAUUUAAUUCAAGAGAAACUAUGAAAUUACAUAUUCCAAAAUUAAAAAAUGUAAUUCAAAGAACUCAUUUAGAUAAAUUUAAUAAAAAUUAUCCAAAUUUAUUAAGUUUAUUAUAUCAAAAUAAUCAUAGUGAGUUUGAAAAGUAUACUCAUCAUCAUCCUAUUCCAGGAAGUCCAGGUUCCAGUGGAAAUACUACAAGUAAUGGUGGUAAUGGUACUACAAAUGGUAUUCCAAUUGAAAUAUUAUUAAAUAAUAAGAACUAUUCCAAAACUGAUGAAAUAUUAAAACAAAUAUCUUCAAUUCAAUGUAAUAGUUUUUAUAAAUGUAAUAAUAAUAAAGAUACUCCAGUUAAACCAAAAAGGAGAACAAUCAAAUUGGGUAAGAAGAAGAAUAAUAACAAGAAGAAGACAACACCAGCACCUACAACACCUGUCACAACAAUUCCAGAACUUAAUACUGAUAUUGAUUUAACACCAAUCACAAAAGAACCAAUAUUAAUUUCAAAAUCACUUCCAAUAACAGCCACGACAUCUCUCGAUACAAAUAAUACAUUGGUCACUCCAGCAGCUGUAGCCACCGCCUUAUCCCAUAGUAUUUCCCUUUCAACCACCUCCAACAAAGAACCUUCAAUUGACUUAGCCCCACCCGUCAAACAAAAAAUCAUCAUUCAACCAACACCAACUCGCACCACCACUAAAGAAUCAAUCGAACAUGCCCGUAAUCUCUAUCAAGAAUUCAUCAGACUGACAAAUUCCCCAGGAUUAUAUGAUAAUAAGAUCCUCCUAACAACAACUGCAUCAGCCGGAGGCGUUGGACUUGGAAAUAAUAAUUAUUUCUAUUAUCCCCCAAUCUCGACUUCUCCAAUUAAAGAUGCUUCAUACCAGAGGAAGAAAUCGAUUAAUCAUGUGACGUUUAAUAAGGUGAGUCAAAAAUUGGAGGAAUUGCAUGGGUUUGAUCAACAGGGAAAUGGUGGGUUGUUGUUAGAAAGUUUUGGAAAUGGAGUUGGGGGUGGGAAUGGGGUUGUGCCUCCUCCUCCUCCAUAUUAUCAACAUAUGUAG